AUGUCGUCCAUGGGCAAGAUGAUCCGUCGAAAGAAGAAUGUCAAGAAGGGUAUUCAGUUCUGCCUGAUGGUCUGCGGUGCUUCAGGCACUGGCCGUACCACCUUUGUCAACACACUUUGCGGGAAGAGCGUUCUCGAUCAUAAGGAGUCCGACGAUGCUGGUAGCGCCCACGUUGAGGACGGUGUCAAGAUCAAGCCCAUCACUGUUGAGCUCGAGCUUGACGAGGAGGGCACUCGCAUCUCCCUUACAAUUGUCGACACCCCCGGCUUUGGUGACCAGAUCGACAACGAGGCUAGCUUCUCAGAGAUCGUUGGCUACCUCGAGAGACAAUAUGAUGAUAUUCUUGCCGAGGAGUCUCGUAUCAAGCGUAACCCCCGCUUCAGAGACAACCGAGUCCACGCCAUGCUUUACUUUAUCACCCCCACUGGUCAUGGCCUCCGAGAACUCGACAUCGAGCUCAUGAAGCGCCUCGCCCCCCGUGUCAACGUUAUCCCCGUUAUUGGCCGCGCCGAUUCGCUCACCCCCGCCGAGCUCGCCGAGUCCAAGAAGCUGGUUAUGGAGGACAUCGAGCACUACCGCAUUCCCGUCUACAACUUCCCCUACGAUAUUGAGGAGGACGAUGAGGAUACCGUUGAGGAGAACGCUGAGCUCCGUGGCCUUAUGCCUUUCGCUAUCGUUGGAUCUGAGGAGGUUGUUGAGAUUGGUGGCCGCAAGGUUCGCGCUCGUCACUACCCCUGGGGUGUUGUCGAGGUUGACAACCCUCGUCACUCCGACUUCCUUGCCAUUCGAUCUGCCCUGCUUCACAGCCACUUGGCUGAUUUGAAGGAAAUCACCCACGACUUCUUGUACGAGAACUACCGUACCGAGAAGCUGUCUAAGAGCGUCGAGGGUGCUUCUGGAAAUGCUGAUAGCUCAAUGAACCCUGAGGAUCUUGCCUCUCAGUCAGUGCGCCUCAAGGAAGAGCAGCUCCGACGAGAGGAGGAGAAGCUCCGCGAGAUCGAACUCAAGGUGCAGCGCGAGAUCAACGAAAAGCGACAAGAGCUGCUGGCCCGCGAGUCCCAGCUCCGAGAGAUCGAAGCCCGCAUGCAACGAGAGGCUGCUUCUCAGGCCAAUGCCACACCCGAGCCCAAUGGCGAGGAGCCACUCAACUAG